GCAGUUGGGAACACCCAGGAUAUGCGGUUUUUACACACUGGAUUAGAGGCUGUGAAGGUUCCUCACCAGUGUGGGCGUUGCCCUAGGUAGUAGGAAGGCUGUGUUUGUGGUCACAUGGGCACUGUGGACCCUUGGAGAAGAGUGAACUCUGUUUUCACACUGGUGGAGAGAAUGAAUUGCCAAGGGAGAGUCAGUCCUGGAACUGCAGCCUCAGCAGAAGAGAGAAGCUGCUCCUGGCUGAACCCCUGGGUUUUCCUUAUUUCUGUCCUUGUCAUCAAAACUGCCUUUGUGACCAUCUGUCUUGUUGUAUUACUUCAUGGAGGCUACGGCCAAUACAAGAAUCUACUCCAGAACUCUACAGAGUGGCACUGCAUUCCCAAGAUUUCUGCAGACAAUAUGGCUCCCUUCUCCCACAGCAGUGACCAGCCCACAGCCCUGCAGGAGAAAUUCACGGCGUGGGAGUGCGACUCAGCGGUGUCAGAAAACAAAGGCCGAGGCUGGAUGUGCUGCCCGAAGGGCUGGAGAAGGUUUCAAAACAGCUGCUAUUUUCUGUCCCUUGAUAUGAUGUCCUGGGCUGAGAGUGAGCAGAACUGCACUGGGAUGGGCUCCCACCUGGUGGUGAUCAACAGUGAGGAAGAGCAGGUUUUCCUCUCUAAACAGAUAAAACCAGUUCUAAAAGCAGAGAAUUUCUACAUCGGUCUGAGAGCAGAGAUUGUGGAUCAAUGGCAGUGGGUGGACAAGACUCCCUAUAAUGUAACAGCAGCGUUCUGGCGAAGAAAUGAACCAAGUGAUCACAAGUAUGAGAAGUGUGUUGUAAUGCAUAGGGAUUCAGAAAUACCCAACAACUGGAAUAAUAUCCAAUGUCAGAUGUUUUAUCGGAUUUGUGAAGCUGCUGCCGUAACUGUGUGAUGGAAAUACCCCCAUCCUUAGUAAAAGUGGGAGAUGAGCAGUGAGCUGAGACCGGCAGAGGGCUGUGCUGGAGGGGUGGGGAGCCCUGAAGCCUGCAUCUUCACUGUGCCACGUGGGAUAAUGGAAGUGGAAGUGAUACGACCCUUUGUCCAGCAUCCCCAGUGCAUCGAGGGGCUGAGGGAACACUUGAAGGCUGAGGGUCAUCAAAGCAGGUCCUGUGUUCUUGUGUCCUCUUCUCUCUGAGUGGAUUCAGAGGCCACUGGCAGAAAAGACAUGGAGUUCUCCAGGAAGAAGACACAGGAAUGGAAGACAGAUGUCCUGAGCUGCAUUUUCUUUCUCUCCUUGAGCAGAAGUCUCUGCUUUCUGUUGAGUCACAUGCAGAAUGUCCUCCAGUUGCACUGGUUUUGUUGAACAAGUUCUGAAAUUUAUACAAGAGAAAAUACAGUAUUAGACCAAUAAAAAAUCUCUGUGCAGUGUGUGUAGA